AUGGCUGUAGUUCAGUUUGCCGGCGACGCGCCUGACAGCAGCAACGGCAGCAGCGAUAGCAACAACCAUUUGCAACCACCCGGUAGCGAGAUCUCGAAGCCUACCAAGCGCCAAAGAUGGGCUACCCAGCGCAAGAACAACUCUGGCGGCCUCAAAAAGCGCGUGUCCAUCGUCGAUCGUUUUCACCGGCGCGGCCUGUCCAAGGAGGAGAAGCGGAAGUCGGCUGGCAGCUCCGCCGAUGGCCACAAUGCAUCUUCUACCGAAGAUGCUCAGGAGGAACAACAACCCCCUCGUCACAUCUACUUCAACGUCCCGCUUCCCGAUAGCGAGCGUGACGAAGAGGGAAACCUGAAGACUCAUUACCCUUCAAAUAAAAUCCGUACCGCCAAGUUCACUCCGCUCACCUUCGUCCCGAAGGAUCUGUGGUUACAAUUUCACAAUAUUGCAAACAUUUACUUUUUGUUUAUUAUCAUUUUAGGCUUCUUCCCAAUCUUCGGUGUUGCGAGUCCCGGAAUGAACGCUGUACCCUUGAUUGUCAUUAUCGUGGUGACAGCCGUCAAAGAUGGGAUCGAGGACUGGCGACGUACCGUAUCCGAUGCUAACCUGAACAACUCUCCCGUCUAUCGUCUGACCGACUGGUUAAAUGUGAAUGCCAGCGAAGAAGAGGUGUCUACCUGGCGCCGUAUCAAAAAGGCCAGCACCCGCACUGUGAUAUCUACGUAUAGGGCUAUGAAGCGCAAAGAAAAGAAGGCCGCCAGUGACGAUGGAGAACCCGACGAACGGCGAUCCUCAGUUGCAACUUAUCGCCAGUCUGUGUAUUCCACUCACGGCUUCCCGGGCAAUGAUGACGAAAACUCUUUCCAAAUGACACCUGUUGCGUCGCCAUUCCAGGACCCAAGUGGGAAUGGAUGGCCCGAUGACGCGAAUGGGAUAGGAAAAGACGGGUCUUUACAACCUGGUAAAUCAGCUCGAGAGGCUGUUACCCCUGGUGCCAAGAAGUAUGGCAGUCUUGUCGAUCGGUCCAAGCAAACCCCAGAAACCGCGCGCUUCAAGCGAGAGUGUUGGAAGAACGUGCAGGUUGGCGAUUUUGUCAGAUUGUACAACGGCGACCAGAUCCCAGCUGAUAUCGUUAUUCUCUCUUCCUCCGAUCCCGAUGGCGCCUGCUAUGUCGAAACAAAGAAUUUGGACGGAGAGACCAACUUGAAGGUCCGCGAAGCACUCAAUUCUGGACGCCUUGUCAAGCAUGCGCGCGAUUGUGAAAAGUCCGACUUUGUCGUUGAGACCGAACAGCCUCAUCCCAACUUGUACUCUUACAGCGCUGCUAUGCGGUGGCAACAGCGAGACGAGAAUGCCCCCGGCGGCGUAAAGGCCAUGGUGGAGCCUAUCGGUAUCAACAACUUGCUACUUCGUGGAUGCAGUCUCCAGAAUACAGAAUGGAUUCUCGGCGUGGUCAUCUUCACUGGUCCGGAAACUAAAAUCAUGCUGAACUCAGGAGAGACGCCCACCAAGCGCCCUCGACUUGCCCGCGAAAUGAACAGCAAUGUCUUCAUCAAUUUUGCAAUCCUGUUCGGCAUGUGCCUAAUCACCGGUCUCAUCAACGGUUUUGCCUGGAAUUUGAAGGAUGGUUCCUUGUCGUUCUUCGAAUACGGUUCAUAUGGCGGAACCCCUGCUGCCGAGGGUGCUGUGGCCUUCUUUGCCGGUCUCAUUCUAUUCCAGAACUUGGUUCCCAUUGCUCUCUAUAUCUCUCUUGAGAUUGUCCGUACUUUCCAGGCGCUUUUCAUUUAUUUUGAUAGGUUCAUGGUGUAUGAGCGACUUGAUAUGGCCUGUGUUCCCAAAACGUGGAAUAUUUCCGACGACGUUGGCCAGAUCGAGUAUAUCUUUUCCGACAAAACAGGAACUUUGACCCAGAAUGUCAUGGAGUUCAAAAAGUGCACCAUUAACGGCACUUCAUAUGGCGAGGCUUAUACGGAAGCCCAAUUGGGCAUGCAGCGCCGUGAAGGUAUUGAUGUCGAAGCAGAGGCUGCCAAGGCUCGCCAGAAGAUUGCCGAUGGCCGUGUUCGCAUGUUGGAACUCUUACGAAACAUGCACGAUAACCCCUACCUAAAGGAUGAGAAUUUGACAUUUGUCUCUCCCGAUUACGUCACCGAUCUUGCUGGUCAAUCGGGCCAGGAGCAAAGACACGCUGCCGAAAAUUUCAUGGUUGCCCUUGCUGUAUGCCACAGUGUCAUCACCGAGCACACCCCCGGCGAUCCUCCCCAGAUAGAGUUCAAAGCUCAAUCGCCAGAUGAAGCCGCUCUAGUCGCAACAGCUCGUGACUGUGGCUUUACAGUCUUGGGUAGAGAGGGUGACGACUUGGUUCUGAAUAUCAUGGGCGAGGAACGCAAAUACACCGUCCUUAAUACUUUGGAAUUUAACUCGACAAGAAAGCGAAUGAGCGCUAUCAUCCGCAUGCCUGACGGAACUCUUCGGCUGUUUUGCAAAGGAGCAGACAGCAUCAUUUAUAACAGACUGGCUCGUGGCAAGCAGCAGGCGCUUCGCAAAACAACCGCUGAGCACCUAGAAGAAUACGCGCGCGAGGGUCUCCGAACUCUGUGUGUAGCUGAACGCGUUUUGGAUGAGGAGGAAUAUCGUGUAUGGAACGAGUCCCACGACCUAGCUGCUGCUGCGAUCGCCAAUCGUGAAGACAAAAUGGAGGAAGUCGCUAGCGCAAUCGAACAGGAACUCAUGCUCAUUGGUGGUACCGCCAUUGAGGAUAGAUUGCAAGAUGGCGUGCCAGAUACCAUUUCGCUGUUGGCAGAUGCUGGUAUCAAGCUAUGGGUCUUGACCGGUGACAAGGUCGAGACUGCCAUCAACAUUGGAUUCUCAUGCAACCUUUUGAAUAACGAUAUGGAACUUAUCGUUUUCAAUGUCCCCGCCGACAAGCCAGAGAUCGCUGCAUCAGAACUGCAAAAAUAUCUCGACAAAUUUGGAAUUUCGGGAUCUGAUGAAGAAUUGAUUGCGGCCCGUAAAGACCACAGUCCACCUCCUGCCACACAUGCAUUGGUCAUUGACGGAGAUACACUGAAAAUGAUGCUUGAUGAUGAACUGAAACAGAGGUUCCUACUCCUGUGCAAGCGAUGCAAGUCUGUUCUGUGCUGCCGUGUCAGCCCUGCGCAAAAAGCUGCUGUUGUCCGAAUGGUAAAGAACGGCUUGAAUAUCAUGGCUUUGUCCAUUGGUGACGGCGCCAACGAUGUUGCUAUGAUUCAAGAAGCGGAUGUCGGUGUUGGUAUCGCAGGAGAAGAAGGUAGACAGGCUGUUAUGUCUGCAGAUUAUGCCAUCGGCCAAUUCCGCUUCCUACAACGUUUGAUUCUUGUACACGGGCGUUGGGGUUACCGACGCCUUGGUGAGACGACUGCCAAUUUCUUUUACAAGAAUCUUGUCUGGACCGUUGCUCUUUUCUGGUAUUCGAUCUACAACAAUUUUGAUGGCUCCUACCUGUUCGAUUCUACCUAUAUCGUCUUGGUCAACUUGGCAUUUACUUCACUACCUGUGAUUUUCAUGGGAAUCUUCGACCAAGAUGUUAGCGACAAAGUAUCUCUGGCAAUUCCUCAGCUUUACAUGCGUGGCAUCGAACGCAAGGAAUGGUCAACGACGAAGUUCUGGCUUUACAUGUUCGACGGUCUUUAUCAGUCCCUGAUGUCUUUCUUCAUGCCGUAUCUGCUCUAUGCUCCUGCUACCUUUCAACGUCCAGAUGGAUUAAAUAUGGACGACCGACAGCAAUUUGGAAUUCUCGUUGCUGCUGCCGCUGUGGUUUCAAGCAAUACUUAUAUUCUAAUGAACACGUACAGAUGGGACUGGUUGACUGUCUUGAUCAACGCGGUCAGCAGUCUUCUCCUUUUCUUUUGGACUGGUGUUUACUCGUCGUCAACCGCGUCGGCUCAAUUUUAUCAACACGGAGCCGAAGUCUACGGAACCCUAGCCUUCUGGGCCGUGCUGUUGGUCACGGUAAUAAUUUGUCUUUUACCGCGGUUCGCCAUCAAAUCGGUUCAAAAGGUCUUCUUUCCCACCGAUGUCGACAUCAUUCGGGAGCAAAUCACCCAAGGGAAAUUCCAAUAUCUCGAGAAAUACGAAGCAUACGUCCCGCCACCAGCCGGUGGGGGAGUAAAUUCCGCUGGCAGUGAUUCGUCUGCGGUAUCUUCAGUGGUGAAACCCAUUGAGCCCCAGGUGAGGAGUAAUCCCACUUUUGAAGAGGACGAGCGACCCUUUUACCCUCCCUCUAUCGCACCCACGGCCACCACUCACAAUCCGCAUAGUCAGACCGGUAGUUAUGACACCAAUUCCACGGUCGGAAGCUUUGACUACGGAAGCCCGCAGCGGCCAAAUUGGGAUCGAGAGCCGCAGCCCGGCUUGACAGUGAACCGUAAACAAUCUUCGGGACACAGCGAAUUUCAAAACGGCCACCUAUUAACGCGAAUUGAGUCGGCCGAUCACACACCGCAAAGUCCUCACAGUCCGUUGAGAAGACCUACCGAUGUCCACGCUGUAUAG